GACAAGAAAUUCAUAUCAAUUAAUAAUCAUAAAAAAAGAGCUGGCAGACACGCUCGGAAAACUGGCAUGGUUUUUUGGAGGCUGGCAGUUCAAAGCUGAAACGUCAGAUAUGACUCCUAGAGACUGCUGAGAUGAUCAUUAAAGGAGACUUAGAUCGGAUGGCAGAAGACAUCGGGCAUGCAGGUGGCGGACUGAAGACAAUGCUGGAUGCCAUGGAAGUUCCAAGUCAUGCUAGGGAUCUCCUCCUGCAGCUCAACAGCCAGCGAACCAAGGGCUUCCUGUGUGAUGUUAUCAUUGUGGUGCAGAACGCCCUCUUCAGAGCUCACAAGAACAUUCUGGCUGCCAGCAGCCUCUACUUGAAAUCUUUGGUGGUCCAUGACAAUCUCAUCAACCUCGACCACGAGAUGGUGAGUCCGGGGGUCUUCAGGGUCAUUCUGGACUACAUCUACACAGGCCGUCUUAGUGAGGGAGACCCCGCUUCUCCCACUGAACCCAAUCUAGGGGCUGUCUUGGCAGCAGCCAGCUACCUUCAGCUGCUCGACUUAGUGGCUUUGUGCAAAAAAAAGCUGAAAAGAAAUGGCAAGUACCCUCCCCGCCCAGGUCCUGCAUUUCUGCCCUACCCAAAGAUGGGGCCCAAUAGUAUGGGUCUAGCGAGUGGUGGAAGGUAUAGGGUUUCUACUCCUGUCAUUCAGUCCUGCCCUCCUGGAGGAAUUUUGAAUAGCCAUGCAACCCGGGCACCACCACUAGAGGAGCUAGUUCCCCAUCGACUAGCCCUUCAUGCUGGGGAGCUGUAUGCUCCCACCUCCACCCAGGGCUCUCAGGUGUUUCCAUCCCUGCAGUCAGCUCUGCCUGCCCAGCUUGGGCGUUCAGCCCACGCUGAGAGGAACUGCUCCCCCAACUACGGCCUUGAUCUCUCCAAGAAAAGCCCAAACUCCCAGUCUCAGCACACACCCUCUCACUCCCAUCUGGCAAACACUCACAAUGAUGAGGAGCGAGACGGGACUUUGAGCGGCCACACCAGUCCCAUGCAGGGCACGAAUGGAAGGGCCUUCCCCUCUGAAAAAAUGGAGUCGACCGACCAGGCAAGCUCCCUCACUCCUCCACCUUUCCCCCAUCUCAACCAGCCUCUUGGCCCACACCUCCCCCACCUGCAUCGCUCAGGCUCCCAGGGCACAGAUCGUUACCCAUGCCCCCUCAGCCCUGACACCCCCACAGAAGGUGGAGAGGGAGGCAGAGAAAUGGGCAACAUCUAUCGCUGGGUGAAACAUGAGCCAUACACAGCUGAAGAUGAAGAUGAAGAUGAGGAUGAAGAGGAAGGGGGUGAAAAUGGAGACCAGCAUCAUAACCACCACAAGGCUGGGGAGGAGAGUGAAGGAGCAGACGACAAGAGUGGGUCAGGCACAGAGGAGACAGGCAGUAGUGAAGGCCGCCCGUCCCCUUCUGGACCGAUGGGGAGGUUCCACAUGCCGUAUGAGCCAGAGAGCUUCGGGGACAAUCUGUAUGUCUGCAUUCCCUGUGACAAAGGCUUCCCGAGCUCAGAGCAGCUCAAUGCACAUGUGGAGACACACACAGAAGAAGAGUUGUACGGCAACUCUGGUGGGGAGAUGGGAAACAGCAAUAACAGCAGCACCAAAAACAUGAGCAGUAAUACAAACGGUUAUGGGAGCUUGAACAGCAGCAACAGUUUAAACAGUCUGUCCCAUCUGGAGACCAAGUCCGGCCAGGGGCUGAGUUCAGGGGGCAUUGGGGAGAUGAUGCGGCCCUACCGUUGUUCCUCCUGCGAGAAGUCCUACAAAGAUCCAGCCACUUUGCGCCAGCAUGAGAAGACCCACUGGCUGACCCGGCCUUACCCCUGCAGCAUCUGUGGCAAGAAGUUCACGCAGCGUGGCACCAUGACACGCCACAUGCGUAGCCACCUGGGCCUUAAACCUUUUGCCUGUGACUCCUGUGGAAUGCGCUUCACCCGCCAGUAUCGCCUCACUGAGCACAUGCGCAUCCACUCAGGGGAGAAGCCCUAUGAAUGUCAGGUGUGCGGGGGAAAGUUCGCCCAGCAGCGCAACCUCAUCAGCCACAUGAAGAUGCACAGCAGUGGAGGGACUGCCGGGGGCCUGACCUCAGAUGGGAAACUGAAGCUAGACUUUGCAGAGGGCAUCUAUCCUCUGAGUAAAUACGCAGCAGAGCAUCUGGGGCUGAAGCAAGAGAAGGCCAAUGAGCUUCUCAUCCAAGCCCAACAGCAACUGGUAGCUGAUGCAAAGGCCAUGGAAAGCCUCUACCCACUGUCCAAACUGGCCUCGGAGCACCUGGGCCUCACCCACGACAAGAUGGAUGUCCUGGGCCAACCCCUCCCCCCUCCCCCACAGGCCCUCUCUGAAGCCCGCACCAUUGACCGCUAUUCACCCAGCUAAGACCACAUGACCUGUAUAAAUGGCAAUCACCACUAGGUCUGUGUGCACACACAACUUGCAGUAUUCAAAAGCCAUUCACCUCAACUCAAUAUCUCCUCUGCACCUCAGACUCAGGCCAAAAGGAAUUGGUCUGCUGAUGCACACCAAAAUGUGUAGACUGUAAGUGCCUUUCUAUGCAUCUAAUGUAUCUUAAAGUCCUCCUUCAUAAAGGAGCUCUGUGCCAUUCCGUGACCAAGGGACACUCACUCAAAGAAGUGCAGUAUUUAUGUACAGUGUAUACAAACAAACAUUUGAAAAACUACAGCCAUUGAGCCAAAGUGACAAAUUGAAAACCAAAAUGAAAUUGUUUAUUUAUUUUUGUAUUAUGGUGAAAUCCAAAGACAAACUGUUGCAAGGAAAACGUGGCAAUCUGACCCUAAACCUGUGUACAAAAGGUUGCGUACAAAACAUGAAAAAGCACAUAAGGACAAGAUUCAGGGUUUCGAUCCAGACCUGAGCGGAACUUUUACCAAAUAAAUACGCCAACUCUUCUGGACUGUAAAGUAAUGGGAGGAUUUUUUUUUGUGUUUUUGGGGUACUGGACAAUUUAUGUAUCUCACUUUCCAGCUUCUCCAAAUCAUGCUCCUGCUUUCCAAGUUGCAAGGAAAUGACUGAACGAUAAGAGCAGUUGCUUCAUCAUUUUGGUAAAGUCUCCUCUGCAUUAUUUUCUCCACAUUUUUUAAAGUAACCCACUCCUCUGCAUAUUUGAGCAGAUAAAGGCUCAUACUAUUUGACAGUAAUGGUAGCUUAAUCAGCCUUACAGUCAGCGUGUAACCUUUCUUGACCUAAAACGUCCUUUGCAUUUUGACCAACAUCAUUUAGCUUUCAGUUAUUAGAUGCAGUAAGCACAGCCCUGUGAUCUCAUAACUGGAACAUGAUUGCACAUACCCAACUGAUGACACACUAAUUCCUGUUCAUGAUGAGUGUAGCUUCAUCUCAUGGCGUAGACGAAGCAUGGGUGUUGCCUCUGACAUUGUAUAAUAUUUACAAUUGUGGAUGCAGCCGAGCAGGCAGAGAGGCAGGGACCAGGUCAGAAUUAAUGUCACAGAAAUCUGUCAUUUACUGUCAAGAGAAAUUGCUCCAUUCAAAGCAGUGUGAUGAUUUAUCAUGUCGUGGCCAUGUUGCCGCUCCACUGUCUGACCUCUCAUUUGACCUCCCUCCCCUGUUGUCUGUUGUCUGGGAGCCCUGCUACUGUUGACAGGACUAAAUGAGUGCUGUACUCAGCCCUUUGCCUUAAAAGCGUUCCACACACCACACGCAUAUACACCCCUCCCUCCACACACACAUAGCGAGGUGCUAAUCUGUCCGUGAUAUGAACAUAAGAAGGGGUUUGUGGGUCUUCCCUGGAAGCCAGGCGGGUAAACAGCACACUCCAGCUGCUGUGCCUCAGUAAUCCCUGUGAAAUCUCACUUUCUCUUGGACAAUUCGCACUGCUUGCCGGCAUGAUGUCCCAUUUCAUGCCUGCCAUCUUACCCCUCUGAUCCACUUAUUAACAUCAUAUCCGAGCCUAGCAAAUGUCUUCUGGCCUCGCCUCCCUUCCCCGCUGGUAUCAAACACGGAAACAAAGAAUGACAUAUUUCUGUGUUGGCUGACCAGCAAUUCCUCUAGCAAAACACAAGAGCACUUAAAGGUUGCGGGUAGAUGGCACAUUUUUGUCUUUCAGUGUUUAUUUCAAAAAAUAUGCUGGCCUUUUCCUUUUUUUCCACUUUUACUGGUCCUUGAUUCAGAUUAGAAAUGUCUGACCACUAUAGUGCCAAUGCCAACCUCAGUGGGUGAAUGUGAAGACUAAAGCCAUAAAUACACUGUGAUAGACGUAGUGAAUCUUAAAGGCUUAAAAAAAAAACAGAGACAAUGUGCCUGAAUUUUGGGAUUGUUUUUUUUUAAAUGUAACAAUAAUUUAAGGGCUUCUUCUCUGUAGCAUAUGAUCAUAUCAAACAUGUUGUCUUCUGUCACUUACUUUUCUUUAUUUUGAUUUUAAUUGAAAGCAGCGCACGUGAAACUGGUGCUUACCUCAGGACUGAACCCAGCAUGGGGACGCUAAGCUUUACUAAACCUUCGAGUAACAAUGUCAACACACACACUCACACAGACACACACGCACACACUCACACACACUUUUUUAUUUUCUUAUUAACAGGGCAGUUGUCCUGUGUUAAACCUGUGGUUAUUUCUGUGUUUAUACAUUUCUUGUUACAGUUUUAUGGUGGAGAAAUAACAUGUGAUAUUAACAUUUUUUAUUUUUUAUUUUUACUAUGCGGUAUACAUUAUCUAUUGUGUUGUCCUCAAAGAGGCUCGUGUGUCGGUCUGACCAAUUCCAUUGUUAUAAGGCAAAGUCAUUUUGGUAGUAUCUUGACUGGCUGUUUGUGAAUUUAUUAACCACACUUUAGCGAGCAUGGUGACAUUGAUUUUUGGUUUCAACCACACAGUUAAGUCUAGGUGACAAGUGUAGUGUUUUGAAAUGUCUCCACAAGACAUGAUGUAUUAUUAGUACUUAACUAAACAGAUGAGCAGUGGCUUUGCUGGGCGCAUAUGAAAACUAGCCUCAUAUUGUUUGACCCCUUUUCUCCAGAGGUUAGUGAACUUUCGACUAGAGUCAGACUGAUUCCGUACAUGCACACAAACACGCAGGAAGCCAGCUAGUUUUGGAUGAUGCUUCAAGUUUUGGGACUCUUGUUUAGCUCUGCAGCAAAAAAAAAAAAACCCAACAGUAUUAUUAACAGUAAGAACUUGGUCCACAAACAUGCGCAUACUUUAAAAAUGUAGGAACAGGCGGAUGUCAGUCGUGGGAAUUUCAGUCCCCUCACUCCCUCACAUUCACUAGUUUAAAUGAAAAUCUGUCUCCUCCUUUUCCCUGCCUUACACCAUUAAAAUAACACAAAGUGUUUCCACUGUCACUCCAAAUCUGUGCAGGAGGGAAGAGCAAGAUAAUGCGUGAACAUUUCUGUAGGAUGUGCACUGUUUGAAAUUUGCUUAAUUGCAAUAAUGUAUGACAGACAGUGGGGGAGAGUCGUGUAUCUAUAGACAGGGGAAGCGUUUGCUUGUCUGUUUGUAUGUCCCUAUGCUAUUUGAGCGUAUGAACGGCUGUUAAUGCAUGUCCUGGGAAUAGGGCUGGUGUGAAGGAGAAGAGCUGAGGAGCAGGAAGUGAACUUUUGGCUGGUGUGUUGUGUUGAGCAGGAUGUGCCGUGUGUUUCUGCUCAGAGGCAGAUAGAGAGACAGAGAAUGGGGAGGGAGACGAGCAGGGAGAACGCAGCAGGGUGGACGCGAGCCAUUGUCUCAGUAUGAAAGCCUGUUCGUACUUCUAAAACUCUCCAUUCAGAAAACAAGUAGACUGUAUCUUCUCUUUUCCUUCCCCUUUUUGCUCUUUGGGAAUAAACCUCUGCUCAAUAUCAUGGCGAUACGACAUCGUGGGCUUUCAAGGGCUGCGCGGUGACUAAGCCAUUCAGACAUUUUGUUACAAUUUGAGGAUGUUGUGGAUUUAAUUUUUUUUUGCAUCGUUUUGGUCACAGGAAUUCAUUACAAUAUUUUCUCCAUAUUAUGUCUAUAUUUAAAACAUUUUUGAAAAUUGGAGCAGGGCUGAUCAAUAUGAAGGGCCUGUGAUGUAAAUCAUAAUUUAAAAACUGGCAGUAUUUCCUUUGCUCUGUGGUUGAUUCAAUUAGUGAAAUUACAAGUCUUGUUUCAAUUUACUGGUGUAGCCACUCACCCCAUGGGGUUUUAUGCCAUAUGCCUUUGUUAAUGUUAUUUAUAUGACACCAACCCAGAAAACCUCUCAUUGCCACCAAAGUGGUUUAGAUGAAGAUGUUUUGAAAGCAAUAAAAGUGGGCAUUUAAAACAAUUUAUUAGUUACAUUAAUUAAUAUAAUUAAAAUGAAUAAAUGCAAAUAUAAAUGAGUGCGGUAAGACAAACCACCAACUCUGAGAUGUGGGUUGAUCUCUUUAUUUUAUUUUAUUUUUUAGGCCAUUUCAUUCCUUUCUAAUGUUGUUAUGGCAACCAUCCCAGGCCUGUAACUUUUAUAACACUAACAAUAUAGAACUAAAAAUGAUCUGGAUGAGUUCCAGUGGCCCUGUGUAGACCAAAAAAGGGUUUAGGUUUAAUGUAAAAAAAUGCAAAGUAUGCCUUUAAGCUUUCUACCAGCGGCAGCAGGCUGGGGUCACCUAUGUGACUCUGACAGGCUGAAUAGUUCUGAUCUGCAAUCAUACCGCUGUUUGACAUUUAUUGUAUUUCACGAUGUGUUCCAAAAGGACUGAAGCACUUAGCAGACAUCGCAGAUGCUUAAAACAAAACUCAGCGACAAUCUUUGUAGUUUCCAUGGGUUGCAUUGUCGAGCUAAGCUUCUGACCAACUUUGACUUUGCCUUGUUAUGAAAGCCAUUAUCUAUGUGGUUAAUCAUGAGAGCACAGUGCAGACAUGCCACUAUUGUCCAGUGUACAUAUUUUAUUUUAUGAGGACUCAUGUUUAAAUGUAAGCUAGAGCCAAAUAUUAUCAAUAAUCAAGCCUUAUUUUGGUGUUGAAACCAAAAACGGACUCUUAAGAUAACCCAUACAAAUGUGCCUUGAGUAUAAUAAGCAUUGAUGAUUCUGCAAUAACUUGUAUGCCUGUGUGUGUGUGUGAGUGUGUUGGUGUUCUGAUGUGUCCACAUAGUGCACCUGUCCAUCUACAUGUCUGAGCACCUUUCCCACAGUGUAGCAGGGUGAAGUACAAGGGAGAGACUUGACACUUUCAAGAGUCUUUAUUACAAGCAGCUGCUUUAGAUUUAUUUCCCCGAACUGCACUUUUCUGGAAAAAUCAUUGUAUUGUGAUUUUUUAUUACUCUUAUGAUCCCCUAGAAGUCCCACAAUUGCCUUUCCUCUGGCACUUUGCUUCCUUUGCUUUCCUCCUCUUCCUCCCUCCAGUGCAGAGCUUGGCCACACUUGUUCACCGCCCUUGUUACCUCAAAGCACAGCUUCCCUCCUCACCUCUCUCUGUCCCUUCUCUCUUCUUACACUCAACACAAACCGCUGACCCACAGCACCCGCUGCCUCCCUCCUCUCCCAUGAUCCACUUACUUCCAGCUGUUUUUCAUGCUGAAGAAGACAGUUGUCUAAAUGUUUAUGUGAAGAGCUACUUUCUUUUUCUUUAAGCCCUGAUCAAUUUCCAAAAUGAACUUUGUGGCAUGUGUUAAAAUACAGCAGAUGACGGGCCAAAUAAAAAAGUCUGACAUCGUUAUUAUAUUCUGAUCCUCAAGCCAAGAAAUGGCUUACAAAGGGAGAUUAAAGACAGCAUAUCGUUGUAGAGGAAAUGCAGAAUAAUGUGAGGGGAAAUGUUCAGGGGAAAAUAUGCUCAGAAAGAUGCCAGUAAAGUAAACAUGUAUGAAAUUGCACAAUUGAGCCGGGCCUCGGCUGCACCAGCCAAGUCAUGCACUGAGAUGGAGAGAACAAGUAAGAGAAGAGCUGAGAGGAAAAGAAACAGAGAAAAAUGGCUUGUGCUUGAUAGUCAUAACUUUAAGUAAAUAAUAAAGAAAAGCUGUUUGCUUUGUGUGUCUGCUCACCUCUUUUUUCCCACCUCGUUCUGUGAGUUUACUCUAUUUCAUUUCCAUCUUUUAGGAAAUUAUCUUGCGAGGAAAUGAAUUUUUUUGCCUUUUCAGUGUUGAUUGCUGCAGGUCAUUGUCAAGGAUUGUUAAUGUUAAUGUUCAUGUCAGCAUGCCCUCAGAGAUGUCAUCCUAUUUCCAGGCCUAACAAUUAUCCCCCAAUCAGCACAUGACCCACAGUAGGCUCUUUGUAGUUGAAUAGGGAAGGGGGUUCUGGCUGCCCACGUUGUCCUCCAUCUGUUUGGGUUGGAUCUCUGUUUCUGUCUCUACCUUGAACACAUACAAGACAGACUAAGUGGACUUUGGCUUGAAUCUUUUCGUUUACAGUGUACAACUUCUGCUCCAGGAGUUUAAAUUCAAAGACAAACAAAGAGCAAGGACAAAACAAGCAGGAAUUUGGAAGAGUGAAAGUUGGACAGGGAAAAGAUUUGAUUGUAUAUCUCUCUCUCACCCACGCACACACACUCUCACGCGGACACACACAUACACACACACACACACAGCUGGACAGCAGACUGCUGCUCCAGAUUAGGUCAGAUUUAAUUAGGCUGUCCUGCUCCGUUUGGAGUGUCGCUUCUUGUAGAAAAAGCCAUUAUUAAAGAAAAGGUGAUUCCACUGACAGCUUCCACCCAACACACACUAAAACCUGUGCCGAAAUGUUACAGAGCCCCAGGGUCCUCACUCACAUGUACAUAAAGACACACACAAAACAUCUAUUCUGGUUAUGGAAAAAGGUUCUGUGUAGAAAUGAUGGAUUAUGAUCUAAUGAAGAACACUGUGACGUUUUGAGGUGGUUGCACCCGACUGGUUGUGGUUCACGGACAAGAAAGUUCAGCAGGAACACAGACUGCCACGCAGACAGUAGUCGCUGCGGAUAGAUGGAAAAAAAUACAUGACUACAUACAUACAUCAUAAAUUUACAAUGGAAAUUAGAUUUUUCAGUGAGUCUUAUUUCAGCAUGCAUGAAGCAGAUGUCCAUGAAACAUAAAUAAUGUCCAGUGUUUCGUUUUGUGGUUUUAUGAGUUUAUACCAUAAAAUCAAUUAAAAGCAAUACAUUAAACCAAACAGUAUUUUUGCAUUUCUGCAUUUCAUUGUCAAUAUUGAUCUUACUUUGCUUUAGUGAAAUGAAUGUAUUUAUUGCAUGUCAAAAUGUUUUAUAGUUAAUUUUUGUGUAAAUUUCAAUUGUGGGUUUUUAUAAAAAUUUCAUUUAAUUAUGGUGUCUUGAUAAAAUCAUGUUGAUAAGGCUUUUAUUUAAAAAAAAAGCCAAUGUGAAAAAUGUCAUGUUUUUUUUGUUUGUUACUAUACUCAAAAUCAACUUGGCAAUAAAGUGAAUUUCAUAACGGA